AUUGUUCUCAGUUUAUUGUUGUUUUCUAAUUCUCCAGCAGCUGAAGACAAGCCAGAUUUCAGGAUUGUUCUUCUCGGAAAAACUGGAGUCGGCAAAAGUUCAGCAGGAAACACCAUUUUACAGAGGAAAGCUUUUGAGUCUAGUCUUUCUCUUUCCUCUGUGACAUUAUUGUGUCAGAAGGAAACCAAUGAUUUUAAUGGUUUAAAUUGGACUGUGUUUGAUACUCCAGAUUUCUUUGAGACACGUAAAAGUAAUAAAGAGGUUAAGAAAGAAAUCGCUAAAUGCAUCAGCAUGGCGGAUCCUGGUCCUCAUGUGUUCCUGAUGGUGCUCCAACCAAACAAAUUCACUAAUGAAGACAAAAGAAACAUUGAAAUAAUUCAGAAACUGUUUGGAGAAGAAGCAGCCAAUUACACCAUGGUGCUGUUUACUCAUGGAGAUGAGCUGAACAAGAAAAACAUUAAAAUAGAAAACCUGUUAGAAACAUCCCAACCUCUAAAACAGAUCAUCAGUCAGUGCUCUGUGUUGGAGAAAUUUAAAGAUAAAUAUCAUGUUUUUGACAAUGAAGUCGAGGAUCCUGAUCAAGUCAGUAAACUGAUGGAUAAGAUCAAUAGAAUGGUUGAGGAAAAUGGAGGAAGUUUCUACACCAAUAAAAUGUUUGAAAAGGCUCAGAGAGGAAACCAAGAAGAAAUGAAACGACUGAUCAAAGAAAAUCCAGACAUUAAUAUUAGAGCUUCAGGAAGAGCAGGGAGAGAUGACAGAUGUGUUAUACAAUAAUGAUGUAUGGGUUGUUUUGAAUGUAUAUGAUUAAACCCUGAUUUUCAUAAAUAACAAAAAUAUUUAGCAGUUCUAUGCAGACUAUUGAUUAUGUCACUAAAUAAGAAAUA